AUGACACUAGAUACACGCUCCCACAAGGCCGGGGCCUCAUACUACCGCUAUGACCCCUCGUUGCCAGUUGCGAUCGUAGCGGCUGUUCUGUACUCAAUUGCGUUCAUCUUGACAUUCAUCCAAUGGAUCCGAUACAAGGCAUGGAUAUGGGCUAUCAUGGUCGUAGCUUCAGCAAUGGAGGCUGUUGGCUACAUUGGCCGAUGCAUUUCUACUCAGAAUGUAUCAGCAAGAUCAGUCUACGUGCUCCAAUUCGCCCUCAUCAUCCUCGCGCCAGUCCUCAUGGCUGCUUGCUGCUAUAUCCUGUUCAGUCGCAUCCUCUUCCUGGUAGUUCCUCAUGACGCUCGAACAUUCCAGCUGUGUUGGGUUCCACCCCGAUGGAUCACGCCUAUCUUCGUUGGAUUCGAUAUCGUCGCUCUGAUGCUCCAAUUGGUCGGAGCUGUGAUGAUUUCUUCCGUCAGCACCACCGACACGGACGCAGCUAGCAAAAUCGACAAGGGGAAGAGUAUCGCCCAGGCUGGUGUCAUUAUUCAAUUAGCUGCAUUUGGGCUCUUCUCCGUGGCAGCUGUGCGGUUCAAUUUUACCUCUAAGGAGUUCUCGAAAGGGCUGGACGAGCGGUAUGAGCAUGUUGAUGAGAAGAAUUAUUCUAUUGGUGGGAUCGUGAAGAACAAGCACUGGCCUGCAUUGUUGCGGGUUGUUAAUCUUACUACUUUACUGAUUCUGGUCCGCUCUAUUUAUCGGCUUGUGGAGUUCUCUUCAAGUGUUACUGGGUAUGUCAACACGCAGGAAUGGACGAUGUAUGUUUUUGAUGCAUUGGUCAUAUAUCCUUGCGUUGCGCUGUUUGUCUAUUGGCACCCUGGAAUAUAUUUGCCUUACCUGGGCCUUCGUCUGCCCAAAGAAGCUCGGUCAACUGUUACUGUCAGUUAA